AUGGUGCCCAACGGCGGCCUCUUACCCUGGGACAACACCACUAGCAACUGCCGUACAUCCGCUACAGCCAUUAACCCGUACCAGCCCGUGACCCCCGGCUCCACCAUCACAUACCUCUGGGGUGUGCCGUCGGAGGCGGGGCCUGUCGGGCCCAACGCCACGAUCUCCUCGCGGCUGUGGCUGUACGGCAGUAGCGUGGAUCCGAAACUGCACGACAAUGCGGGUCUGGUGGGCCCUAUCAUUGUGACGGGCCCGGGUGUGGCGAUGGAGGAGGACGGGCGGCCUAGCGAUGUGGAUAGAGAGCUGGUGGUGCUUUUCCAGGUCGUCAACGAGGGAUCCAGCGCCAUGCUGCCGUACAACAGCCCAGCGCUGACGUCCGGUGUGCCGUACACCAACAUGGCUGUAAAUGGAUACGUAUGGUGCAACAUGCCCCGCGACCACCUUACAUUGGCUGUGGGCGAGCGAGUGAGGUGGCACCUGGCGAGUGUGGGUUCGAAUGACAGCCUCCACAACUACCACUGGCAUGGACACACUGUUGAGGUCAACGGCCACCACAUGGACGAGUUCACCGGUAUCCCUGGAGCGACGUAUUCGGCGGAUAUGAAACUGGACGAGCCAGGAAUCUGGAUGCUUCAUUGCCACGUCGACCUCCACAUGGACGGCGGGAUGGUCACCUUGUAUACCGUGCAGGGCGAUCCAGCCCCGUUUCCUGCCGGGGGCACCGAGCGGGUUUACUACGUGGCCGCUGAGGAGGCGGAGUGGAGCUACACGGGGGCGGACAGCCUGGAGAUGUGCGGGCACACGCCGAAGUCCUCCAUGGGCGAUAUGGACGCCUCCAACUUUGUGGAAGGCCCGUUGGCGGCUGGCGUGAAGACUCGACUGGGACCCAAGCUCAUAAAAACGUUAUACAUGGAGUACACGGAUGACACCUUUACUGUGAAGAAAAUACGCCCGUUGGAUGAUUCGUAUUUGGGCUUUGUGGGACCCAUCCUAAGAGCUUCGGUGGGCGACACGAUCAAGGUCGUAUUGCUCAACCGCGCCUCCAUCAACAUCUCCAUGCACCCGCAUGGUUUACGCUACAGCAAGGCCAACGAGGGAGCCAUGUACAGAGACGGUACGGCAGCAAAUCAGAAGCUGGACGAUGCCGUACAACCGAACCAGGCGUACACGUACUUAUGGCAGGUACCCCCCCGCUCCGGCCCAGGUCCCCGGGAUCCGUCCUCCGUGGUGUGGAUGUACCACAGCCAUUUGAACGAGACCGCCGAGACGUACGCGGGCUUGGUGGGCGCCAUCAUCGUGACGAGUCCAGCCAAGGCCUUCAACUCCGUCUCCGACCCGCGGCCUAUCGACGUGGAUCGCGAGGUCAUCACCUUUUUCAGCGUCACAGACGAAAUUGCAUCAUCCAACUUUAUGGAUAACCUGCGCACGCGACUGGGUGACGGCGGCGCACUUGCAGCAGAUGCGGACACUGUGGACGAGCUGAGAUCGGAUCCGGGGUUUCAGAAGCACAUGCUGAAGCACAGCAUCAACGGCUUUUUGUUUUGCAGCAUGCCGAAGCUGACAUUCGUCCAGGGCGAUAAGGUCCGCAUGUACGCGAUGGCGCUAGGAAGUCUCAGGGACAUGCACACGCCGAACAUGGGCGGUCCUCGCUUCGAUUAUGAAGAGCAGCACUUGGACAGCGUUCAGAUGAGCCCGGGUAGCAUGAUCACUGCGGACGUUAUCAUGACCUCGCCAGGUGGUGGUGGUGGUGCUGCUGCUGCUGCCGGGAUAGGAUGGGGCGGGAUGGGGUGGGGUGGGGUGGGGUCGGGUGGGCUCGUUAACACCACACGGCCCUCUGGCGUCACCCGCAAGUACUACAUCCAGGCUGAGGCUGUGGAGUGGGACUACGCGCCGAGCGGCUACAAGGCGUAUUCGGACGCAAGCUUCACUGUCGCAACACGGCGGCCCCGUAUUACGGUGGGCGAUAUCCUCGAGAUCCACUUGCGCAACAACCUGACGGACCUCCCGGACUACCCAGUGAAUAUCCAAAUGGGAGGGGGGCUGGGGGAGCUGCUAGGGGAGGACAUGUGCCCCAAGGUGGCGGCGGGGGAAACCUGUGUGUAUCGCUGGAUGAUCCCGGCCAGCGCAGGACCUGGAACAGCUGACUUCAGUACGACGGUGUACGGCUAUACGAGUACGGUGGACGUCGUUUCAGCGCCCUCUGCAGGUCUCGUGGGCGCUCUGGUGGUAGCGGCUCCCGGUGUGCUACAGCCGAGCAAGCUGCAGCCAGGGGCAGUAGUGCCUGCCGGGGUGGAUCUCAUGAUACCGCUGCAUUGGCAGAUGAUGGAUGAGGAGAUGAGUCCCUAUUGGGAUAUGAAUAAGCAGAUUGCUGGAGUCAAUGAAACAGCGAUCAACAAUGAGGCACUCAUCGCUACGUACCAUGAGGGCAACCUGAAACACGCCAUCAAUGGCUUCCUUUACUGCAACCUGCCGGGGCUGAACAUCCCAACCGGCAGUACUGUACGAUGGCUGCUCGUCACGUACGGCAGUGAGAGCGAUUUCCAUGCGCCGUACUUUAUGGGCCAGGCCACCAAGGUAGACAUGGCGGGCUUCAGUACACUGGCGUCACUGAUGCCAUCCGUCGCGCGAGUUGCAGACAUGCUUGCAGUCGCCAAGGGUACCUGGCUGCUGUCAUGUGCCGUUGAGGACUACUACUUGCUAGCAGAAUUUACAGUCGCGUAG